GAUGUCGCGAACUUCCUCCUUCGAACGAAAGGGCUCGACAAGGCGGCGGUCGGCGAACUCCUCGGCGGGCACGACGACGAAUCCGUCGCCGUCAUGCGCGCGUUCGCGCGGUCGUUUGAUUUUUCUAAACUCGAUUUCGACGUCGCGCUGCGCGUGUUCCUCAAGCCGUUUCGCCUCCCCGGGGAGGCGCAGAAGAUCGACCGGCUCAUGGAAGCGUUCGCCGCGCGGUACUGCGCGUGCAACGACGGCGCGUUCGCCAACACGGACGCCGCGUACGUCCUCGCGUUCGCCGUCAUCAUGCUCAACACGGACGCGCACAACGACGCCAUGGACGGAAAGUUGACGAGGGACGAGUUCGCGGCGAUGGCGCGCAGCGCGGAGAGCGGUGGCGACGUCGACGACGCGAUGCUGCACACGCUGUACGACAGGGUCGUGAAGGAUGAGAUCAAGUUCACGGACGAGGAG